UCUAUGUCCCUCGGACACAGCAGAUCACCGAUCCACGGAAAGAGCCAAAGAUGUCAGCUCAGUCAUGUGAUCAGCUGUGUCCAAUCACAGCUGACCACAUAGCACUGAUGAUCUGUGUAGCCCCAGCAGUGCCACCUGUCAGUGUCCAUCAGUGCCAGCUGUCAGUGCUCAUCCAUGCCACCUGCCAGUGCCAAUCAGUGCCACAUCAAUGCCACUUAUCAGUGCCUACCAGUGCACAUCAAUGCCACAUAUAAGUGCCCAUCUGAGCUGCCUUUCAGUGCCAGUCAGUGCCACCUAUCAGUGCUGCCAAUCAGUGCCGCCUAUCAGUGCCAGUCAGUGCUGCCUAUCAGUGUGCAUCAGUACCGCCUAUCUGUGCCCGUCAGUGCUGCCUAUCAGUGCCGCCUAUCAGUGCCAGUCAGUACCACCUAACAGUGCCAGUCAGUGCCGCCUAUGAGUGCC